AUGGCUUUGGCUUUAUUGGCUCUUCUUGCCUUUUUACAAGCCGUUCAUGCCUUAUCCACUCUCAAUAGCAGCAUCAAGACACACAAAUUUCCAGCAGGACUGGAGCUAGCAAGUUCGUACGAUGUUCAGGUUAAACAGUCCAGCAGCCCUCUGUACACUGUUGAAUCGUACGGAACCAUUGUCUCAGAGGCCAAUACGACAUCCGGGAAAGGGAUUGAACACAAUACCUCAUUUGCAUUGUUCGAUUUCUCCGGGUCUGUCGAUGCUUUUGUAACGUACAAGAAGGCACCAGUUCAAUCUGCCAUCGUUAGGCCACAUUCCUAUGACAUUCAGCCCACCAUAACAGGAAAUAUGAUCACUUUUACUCUUAACCGCCCACGCAUUGUAGUACUCCAAGUGAAUGACGAUAUUUUCGAUACUCUACAACUCUUCACCAACGCAGUAGAAACUGAUGUUCCUGUUCCGCAUGAUCCCGACAUCCUGUACUUUGGCCCCGGCAUCGAUAAUGGGUCCUCUGAUGGAAACGGAACACUGGCAAUGCCCUCUGAUAAUCCCGAAACGAUGGACGGGGUCGUUAUUCGCAACGUCGACAUCCUGGACCACCACGAGCCACAACUCUGGUACCAGGGGUGCAUUGCGAUUAACCCUGGUGAUAGCGACUUCAUUCGGACUAUUCAAAUUGAGGACGUUCGGGUCGAGAACUUCCGUUUGGGCCAAUUGCUUAAUUUUCGCGUGAUGUAUAACUCAAAGUAUAACACGUCCCCGGGCAGGGGAACCCGGAAUGUUUACGUGAAAGGCCUGGUGUACAAUGGGUCGCAUGCCAAUCCCUCGCUUCUCUUGGGAUAUGAUCAGCUACGGAAUAUCUCGAAUGUGACGUUUGCCAACCUGCGGGUCAAUGAAAAGCUCAUCCACGGUGAGAUGGCUAAGCCGUCAUGGUACUACACAUUCGAUUUUGUGCCCAUGUUUGCUAAUGAGUAUGUGAAUGGAUUGAACUUUACAAGCGGGCAAUAG